AUGACUACCUUUACUAUCCCUGUAAUCGAUCUUGGCCUUUAUCUUAAUGAUAAAAAUGAUCCUUUAGCUAUUGAAGAAUGCAAAAAGGCCGCAAAAGCUUUACAAGAUUAUGGGGCUUUGUUGGUUAAAGAUCCUAGAGUAACCGAAGCAGAUAAUUCUACGUUUAUUGAUUUAAUGGAAGACUACUUUAAUCAACCGUUGGAGGUCAAACUCAAAGAUUCCCGUCCAGAUAUCGGAUAUCAAGUAGGCGUUACUCCUGAAUUUAAAGAAGAACCGAAAUGUCAGCGUGAUCCUGAUUGUCAAAAUAUAAUAAAAAGAAUGCCCGAAGAAAGUCGGCCUUUAAUUCCCACAGGACCUGACCCAAAAUGGCGUUUUUUUUGGCGCAUCGGUGAAUUACCAGAAGAAACAAAGUUUCCUCAACUUAACGCUGAACCGGUUGUUCCUGAUUCUUUUAAAGAUACUUGGUCCGACAUUAUGAACCAAAGCGGGAAUCAAAUGCAUCAAGCUGUGGUCGGUGUUGCAGAAAUGUUAUCUGUUGGAUUUGGAUUACCUGCCAAUACUUUUCCAGAUCUUACAAAGUAUGGACCACAUCUAUUGGCUCCUACAGGAAUUGAUUUGAAUAAACACGGAAAACUUGGCGUAAUAUGUGCCGGGUUUCAUUAUGACAUUAAUUUUUUGACUAUUCACGGCAAAAGUCGAUUUCCCGGGCUACAUAUUUGGCCACGUAACGGAUCUGUCAAGAUGCAAGUUCGUGUACCGGAAGGCCAUUUAUUAGUUCAAGCUGGUAAACAACUUGAAUGGUUAACGGGUGGUGAAGUUACAGCGGGUUAUCAUGAAGUCGUUGUAACAGAAACAACUCUACAAGCUAUUGAAAAUGCUAAAAGAACACAUCCAAAUCGUCCUCUUUGGAGAAUAUCCUCAACAUUCUUUCUUCAUAUCGCGAGCGACAAUAUUUUGCAACCUCUUGAAAUUUUUAAUUCCAACAGUACACUUUAUCCACCCAUCCCUACUGGUGAUCAGAUAAAACGCGAAUUGCAACUUAUAAGUUUGAUGAAAGCUUAG